AUGGUCGAUAUUGUUAUCGCCGAUGUUACCGAAAACUUCAUCCGCGAAAUCGGAAGAGGUGGAGCGAAUGACGAAGACCCGCUUUGGCUGGAAAUAUUCCACACAGCUCCGCAUGUCGACCGUGUCGCUGACGAGGAUGACGAGGACCGCGACGACAGCUGCGGAGAAACUGCUCCCAUGAAACCUCAGAAGAACUUGCCGGCUGCCAAGGGAAGAGCCGGGAGGAGGUAUUUGAAGCGAUGCGUGUACGCCUUUGGAAUCCCUGGCCUGAUGACGGGCGUCUUGCUUGUCUUCCAGCUGGUGGAGAGUAUCCCUGAGUCCUUCCUCACGUACCCGAUCAAUCCGGAUCGUCGUUGUUGGAAGAACUUGCCGGCUGCCAAGGGAAGAGCCGGGAGGAGGUAUUUGAAGCGAUGCGUGUACGCCUUUGGAAUCCCUGGCCUGAUGACGGGCGUCUUGCUUGUCUUCCAGCUGGUGGAGAGUAUCCCUGAGUCCUUCCUCACGUACCCGAUCAAUCCGGAUCGUCGUUGUUGGUUCAGAAGCGAUUGGACGAUCUUGGCGUACUUCUAUGGACCGUUGGCGCUUGUACUCGGCGCGAAUUUUGUGUUUUUCGUGCUGACGUCGUACUUCCUCAUUGCUCAUCGAAAGAACACGAAGAAUCUCAACAUGCGUGAAAGUCAGAAAAAGAAGUUUUGGCUCUUCGUUAAGCUGUUCCUAGUGAUGGGAGUCGGUUGGACGAUGGAAGUAAUCAGCUGGAAAGCCGGGUCCGUGGCCUCCUUCUACGUCACAGACGCGGUCAACUCUCUAACCGGGAUCUUUGUUUUCAUCGUUUUCAUUUUACGGAGGAAAACGCUGAAGGAUUUGCGAGAACGAUUCUGCUCCAAACGUCGGGCCUCGACACCCGGUAGCUCGGAAACCCGGACCACAACAGCAUCAUCUUCAUCCAGCUCCAAUAAACACGGCGCCAAUUUGAGGAGCGUAUUUGCAACUAAGAAAUCUUAUUCACCGCGACGGGAUUUGACGAAUUCCGCGCUGCCUUAUAUUGACGAUGAUCAGGAGAAGCUGAGUGGGAAUGUGGAGAAGAUCAGCAUCAAACCUGUGGGGGAUUAGGCGCAGGAAGUGAGAGAUUACGAUUUUGUGUUUUUUUUCUCAUCCUUUCUCUCUCUCACUUUGAUCGGUUUUUGAUCUGGUGAACAGGUUUUUUUUUAUUUAUUUGGUAAUACUGUGCUGUACUUGUGGCUCUGUUAUCUCUUCGACUACGGCUUUUCGGCGCAUUUUGGAUGAAUGAAUGAGGAUCGAGGGGAAGGACUGGUUUUUUUUGUGAGUGUUUGUGAUGGCCUCGGGGGUUUUUUUUUCAGGUUUCAUGUCUCCGUUUUACUGCUGAAGUCACUUGUGGCAUCGCCUUAUUGCCUAUCUCUGUGUACUUUUCUGAUCAUUAAAAUUUUAGAUUUUACUGCGAAGCGUUAAUUACAAGAAUAUUGAACACUCGAAGUCUGAUUCUCGAGCGAACCGUUCUUUCUGUUCGAACGGUGACUAUUUGAUAUCGAACGUCAUCUAGCGAGGAAUUCUUGAGAUCGAUAUUGCGUCUUUAGUGCCAUGAGCCAGAUGUCAGCAGUUGUAGGAAGGUAAGAAAAUUUUCUCGACUUUGGAGAGAAGUUUUCUACUGGGCGGAUUCGGUGGCUUUUUUUUCUACAGUAUUCGUGGAUUAUAUAGGCAUGUGAAUAAGUUGUGUUUUGCAUUUGCCCGGGGCCUUAAUUUUUUAAAUAUGCAAAUGAUGAAAGUUGCAUAGGUGAAGUUGAGGUCUAAUUUAUGUGUCGCGUCUUGGUCCGGCUUCGUUUCCUCUUGAUUGUGGGACCAGAUAUGCCUGCGAGUGGUACGUUGUUGUUUGUGCUGAAUGAAAAUUUUCUGACGUGCGCCGCUCUGGUU